UCCUCACAUGCACUGGUCCCUCUCCUAAAAUGCCAGUUUAAAUUUUUCUCCAUCCUCUCUCGUCCCCUAGCGUGGGUUUUUUUGUGCCACAUCCCUCGUCAAUUUGGUGAACUCUCCUCCACCGAACAAAGGAUUCCCCCUACUCUUCCUCCUCUUUUCUCCUGUUUCCUGUUCCUCUCCUUUCCCUCGACUUCUUAUUCUCCCCUCCAUUGAGACAUGCUUUGCUCCAAGGCUCCAACAUGAGCUCCCUAAACAGUUGUCUCCGUUCCAGAUGGAGGCGUACUGUCUCUCGUAUCACUCUCUUGCUUUGUUGUCUUCCACUCCUACCUUGUCAAAUAGUUGGUCUUAACUCGGAUGGAGUGUUGCUGCUGUCCUUCAAGUACUCCACCCUCAGCGACCCCCUCUCGGUGCUCGGUGACUGGAACUAUGCCGACUCCACUCCCUGCUCCUGGAAUGGGGUCAUGUGCAUGGGCUUCCCAUCCACUAAUUCCACUACUUUCACAUGGAACAGUAGUAGUAGUAGUAGUAGUACCGACAUUAGCAUACCGGCUACUUCCACUUCUAGAGUCAUUGGGUUGGUCCUCCCUGAUGCCCAGUUACUGGGCUCCAUCCCUUCGGACCUUGGCCUCAUCGAGCACCUCCGCCACCUCGACCUCUCCGGAAACUUCCUCAACGGCACCCUCCCCGCCACCCUCUUCAACGCCUCCGACCUCCGCAUCCUCUCGCUUUCCAACAACGAGAUCUCCGGCGAGCUGCCCGAGAUCGUCGGCGAGAUGAAAAGCCUCCAGUCCCUAAAUCUUUCUGGCAACGCCUUGGUCGGCAGAGUUCCAACCAAUCUGACGCUGCUUCCCAACCUCACCACGGUCUCUCUUGCUAAUAAUUACCUCUCCGGCGAACUCCCCGGCGGAGGUUUCCAGCAGCUUGAGAUCCUCGAUCUGAGCUCCAAUCUUCUAAAUGGAUCCCUGCCGCUGGAUCUCGGUGUAAAAAGCCUCCGGUAUUUGAAUUUGUCCUCCAACCGGCUCGCCGGCGGGAUCCCGCCGGAACUUGCAGCGAGAAUUCCGGCCAAUGCCUUGAUAGAUCUCUCCUUUAAUAAUCUCACCGGAGAGAUUCCACAGUCUGGAGCUUUCCUCGCGCAGAAGCCGAUGGCUUUCGCCGGCAACUCGGAUCUCUGUGGAAAGCCUCUGAAGAACAUGUGCACGAUCCCUUCCAGCCUCUCCAAUUCUCCCCCUAAUGACUCCACUGCAACUCCGCCGCGGCCGAAGUCUCCUCCAGCCCUCGCGGCGAUACCCGAGAUCCCGGAUAGGAAUUCGUCGCCAGCGUCUGCCGCGGGCGGCGGAGGGCAGAGAGGUCUUAAGCCAGCAGCGGUCGUGGCGAUCGCCGUCGGAGAUAUCACGGGGAUUGUCCUUCUAGUUAUAGUGUUUUUGUAUGUGUUUCAAGUAAAGAACAAGAAUAGAGAGCUCCAGCAGCAGCAUCACCACCAGAAGAACAAAGGAGAUAGAGGGAUCGGCCUGGAGAGGAUGGAGAGAGGAGGGAGGAAUGAAAGGCCGCCAUCAGCAUCCCCUGAAUCCAGAGGACUCGGUGCCUUGUCUUGGUGUUUAAGAAAGAAGGGCGGGGACAGCGAUGACACCGAAGAGGCCUCGGAAACCUCGGCCUCCUCUGAAACAGGAGGAGGAGAGGAGGAGCAGCACAAGAGAGGAAAGCAGGAUGGCAAAACCCAAGCACAGCAGAACCAGCAGCGUGAUGAUACUCUCGUCACGGUUGAUGGACCCGAGCUGGAUCUGGAGACUCUGCUGAAAGCCUCCGCUUACAUACUGGGAGCCACUGGAUCCAGUAUCGUCUACAAGGCGGUGCUCGCCGACGGGACCGCCUUGGCCGUCCGCCGGAUGGGGGAGAGCAGCAGCAUUGACAAGUUCAAGGAUUUCGAUGCCCAGGUCCGUAGCAUCGCCAAAUUCCGUCACCCCAAUCUCCUCCGCAUCCGGGGAUUCUACUGGGGCGCUGAGGAGAAGCUCCUCAUCCAUGACUACGCCCCCAACGGCAGCCUCGCCAACAUCUCUUUUAGCAAGAAGCUGGGCUCGUCGCCUCUUCGUCUGAACUGGAAUGCUCGGCUGAGGAUAGCGAGAGGCGUGGCGAGGGGACUCGCAUACCUCCAUGAGAAGAAGUGUGUUCAUGGCAAUGUCAAACCAAGCAACAUUCUUUUGGGCGCGGAUAUGGAGCCGGUGAUCGGAGAUUUCGGGCUGGAGCGGCUCAUGCCGGGCGACGGCAGCUACGGACCAGGAGCAUCAGCCAGGCAAUUUGGAAGCAAGCGGUCGGUGCUGUCCACAAGCAGCCUACCAGACUUGUCGGCCGCCGCCGGAGCCAGCCCCUGUGGCUGCUCCUCCACUUCAGCAUUUGCUCCUCCUCCAUAUCAGUCGCCGGAGUCGCUGAAGAACCUGAAGCCCAAUGUCAAGUGGGAUGUCUACUCUUUUGGGAUGGUAUUGCUGGAGUUGAUUGCUGGGAGGGUGUUUCCAGAGGUGGAGCUCUGCCAAUGGAAUGCUGGAUUUGUGGUGGAGGAGAGGAACAAAAUUCGAAGGAUGGCGGACCCGGCGCUGAGAGGCGAGGUGGGGGGAAAAGAAGAAGCUCUGCUGACCUGCUUCAAGUUGGGCUUUGCAUGUUGUUCCAGUGCUCCUCAGAGGCGGCCUUCGAUGAAGGAUGCAGUCCUGAUGUUGGAAAAGGUAGCGGCCACCUCUUCCUCUUCUUGGUCUUCGCAGUAGCAGUUAAUAAUGUCAUCCAAAUUACGAUGGAUAUUGGUAUUCUACUGUGGAACCAACUAAUUGAGUGUUGCCGUUAACAAGUCAUUGUAACACUAACUGAUUUGGUUUAUGUUUCUUUCGUGAUGUGAUUUCAAGUGAAUUUUCUUUUUUCGUUCCUGCUCUUGUGGAGUUGUUUGCGAUCACCAGCCUUCAGAAUUUGCUACCGAUUAUGGAUGUUUUGACAAGCUAGUGAUCUCUGGGUUCAGUCUUUGUAAUA